GGCCCUCCUUCAGCCCGGGCUGGGCCCUGGGCAGCCUCCAGGUGCAGUGCCCUUACCUGGGCCGCACCCUUCCCACUGCCCUGGGGCAUGUCUCUGCUCACCAAUUAUGAGGGACUUCGGCAUCAGAUAGAGAAGCUGGUGCGGGAAAAUGACGAAAUGAAGAAGUUGGUGCGGCUUAUUCGAGAGAAUCAAGAACUCAAGUCAGCAAUCAAGACUCAGGCAGGCAACCUCGGCAUCAGCGGGUUCAGCACCGGGCUUGGUGAGGCAGUUGGGGGCUCCUCGUCACACCAGAGCAAUAGUGUCUUCAUGCCUGCAUCCCCAGCAGCAGCAAAUGAACCAGUCCUGGAUGAAAUGGGGAUUAUGGCCUUGCUAAGCAACUCACAGUCAAGCCCCACGACAGGCUCUAUUGUGAGCCCCCUCAGUCCUCUCAGCACAUUGCUGUCCAGCCUGGCACCUGCAUCACAGAGCAGCCCACUCACUAGCCUCCUGACCGGCCCUCUGAGCACGCCCCCUGGGGCCACACUGUCCAGCUCCCUGGGCCUGCCUUCAACUGGCCCCUUAACUCCCAGCAGCCCCAUGGCUGGCCCUAUGGCCAUCUCUCAAAGCAGCCCCCUGAUAUCCCCUGUUGCAGGCACAGUGCCUGUCUCUCUAAGCAGCCCACUACUCAGCUCUGCCACUGCCCCUCUAGGUGUCCCUCAGAACCUUGUGGCCAACCCUAUGAGCAAUGUGGUGCCAUCAGAGGCCCCAAGAUUGCGACUGGCAGAGCCACUCCUUGGAUGCCCCACUGGGCCCCACUCAGCUUGUGUGAUACCGGCUGCCAUCCCCAAAGUCUCGAUCUCUGUUGGGCCUCCCCGGCUGAUCCAGGACCCAGAGACUCUUAGCAUGGCGUCUGUGGAUGCACCCCUCCAGACUUCCACCCCAAUCAGCACCAUGGGCACACCUGCUCCAGCGACAGCUUUCACCUACAACACUUCGGAUACCCGGGCCCAGCCCAGUGCCCCUCAAGGACAAGUGGUCCCUGUGUCUGUCCCUGCCUCCUCAACUGCCUCCCCCAAUGUCUCUGUCCUUGCCUCUGCCCCAAACCUUGCUCCCCAGGCCGCCACCAGCUACACCUCCCCAAGCACCACCCGUACCACCCAUAGUACCCACCACUCACCCUCUCGAACGCAGCACACUCCUACCCGGAACCUGCCAGCCCCCCCUCCUCCACGAAAUCCCCAAUCCCCGCCUCGAGCUUCAUCCUCCCCAGCUUCAGUCAACGAAUCGCAGGGUCCACGCACCGCGGAUCCGUCUCGGAAAAGCAUGGUGGAAGUGGAGCGGAAGCUGGCUCACCGCAAGAUAAGCAAGUUUCCCGAAAGCACCCGAGAGUCGAAGCAGCUGGCUUGGGAGAGGUUGGUGGGCGAGAUCGCCUUCCAGCUGGACCGAAGGAUCCUGUCCAGCAUCUUCCCAGAGCGGGUGCGGCUCUACGGCUUUACUGUCUCCAACAUCCCAGAGAAGAUCAUCCAGGCCUCCCUGAACCCCAGUGACCACAAGCUGGACGAAGAGCUAUGCCAGACGCUCACACAGCGCUACGUGAGCAUCAUGAACAGACUGCAUAGUCUGGGCUAUAAUGGACAGGUGCACCCUGCACUGACAGAGCAGCUGGUAAAUGCCUACGGCAUCCUUCGCGAGCGGCCUGAGCUGGCAGCCUCUGAGGGCGGGUCCUACACGGUGGAUUUCCUGCAGCGAGUGCUGGUAGAGACCGUGCACCCCAGCAUGCUCGCGGAUGCAUUGCUGCUGCUCUCCUGCCUCAACCAGCUGGCACACGACGAUGGCAAGCCCAUGUUCAUCUGGUGACACUGGUACCCGGCUGGCCCAGGCUUGCUCUGCCCCAUACCCCUGUGCACCACUAUUAAAGCUUCCCACAGA